GUCAGUCAGUGAGGAUCCGCCGGCAGGGCAGCCACGAUGCCGAUGUACAAGGUGAGGCCCUUUCACGGGGGGCCUGUCUCGGCGGCGGUCUUGGCUGAGCACCUCCCUGCCUGCAUGUACCGGGUUGGAAAUAUGCACCGUUGCCCCGAGGGCGGCUCCCCGUCAGCCGCCUCGCCGCCGCUGCUUCACGAGGAGGAAGUUGAUCCAGCUCUUCAGGCACUUGAAUCCCGCCAGGAGGACAUCUUGAAACGUUUGUAUGAGUUGAAAGCUGCUGUGGAUGGGCUUUCAAAGAUGAUCCAAACACCAGAUGCAGACUUUGAUGCAACAAACAUAAUCCAAGCAGAUGAACACAUUCCUUUAUCUGCUAGUGCUGCAGAGCUUGACAAUUUACUUGGGAAGGACUAUGGAGCUCUGAAGGAUAUUGUGAUCAAUGCAAACCCUGAUCACCCACCACUGUCAUUGUUAAUACUCCACAGCUUGCUGUGUGAGCGUUAUAAGAUACUAUCAGCUGUUCAUACACACUCAUCUGUGAAGAGUGUGCCAGAAAAUCUCCUGAAAUGCUUUGGUGAUCAGCCUAAGAAGCAGUCGCGUCAUGAGUAUCAGUUGGGAUUUACAUUAAUUUGGAAAGAUGUGCCAAAAUCCCAGAUGAAGUUCAGUGUUCAAACCAUGUGUCCCAUUGAAGGAGAAGGUAAUAUUGCUAGGUUCUUGUUCUCCUUACUUGGUCAGAAGCACAAUGCGGUUACAGCAACUCUGAUAGACAGCUGGGUUGAUACAGCCAUCUUCCAACUGCAAGAAGGGAGCAAUAAAGAAAAGGCAGCUGUUUUGCGAUCUAUGAAUGCAGCCCUUGGCAAGAGUUCCUGGUUGGUGGGCAAUGAACUGACAGUAGCUGACGUUGUGGCCUGGUGUGCACUUCAGCAGACAGGGAGCACCAACGCUGUUCCAGCCAAUGUGCAGAAGUGGCUAAAAUCUUGUGAGAAUUUGGCACCUUUUAACGCGGUUCUCAAGUUGCUGAAUUAAACAUGUUCUAUAGAAAGGGACACAGUUGAAAUAUUUUCUAUAUUUACAUGUGUGCUGUGAGCCUGGGUUAUAUAAUGCCUGUGAAUGAAGUUUUAGAAGGCAACUGUCAAAGGUCUUAUGUCAAUAAAAUGCAUCACUUGC